AUGAAGUUGCUUACUCUUUUCUCCUGUGUCGCCGCCGCGACGGCGGCCGUUACACCCCGCCAUGACGCCGAACCGGCUGAGAGCAACCUCCAGAGCAGGGGAGCGUCCUGCAAUGUUUGCGUAACCACUGUCAAGGGCUCAUCUACGACAAUCUGGGGUCCUUUCCCUUUUCCUUACGACCACGGAGGCCAGACGUCGCGAGGGAUUUACGUCGGCUGCGACGUCCAUAUCGAUCGCAAGCGCACGACGGAUUGCAGUCAGUGGAGUGUGUGGACGAAGGGCACCUGUGGACAGGUUACCAAGCAGCAGACGUGUUGA